AAUUAAGAUAGCAAUUCAAAUUAUGUAUGGUAUAAAUUUCAGAUUUUUGCUACAACGUUCCUAUAAGUUAUGCCACAAGUUGAAGUUCAGUGCAUCCCUGGGCAAAAAUCCUGCAAUGACAGCUCGUGACAGAUCCAAGCAAAUAUGAUGCGGACCUAACCUCAAACUCUACAGUUAUAUUCAUCGCGUGCAGUAGUUCCUAAUUUUUUCAUUUGCGAGUGAAUAAAGUGGAUUUGUUUAGUGUUUUCGUCUUAUAAACGUCAUCAAUCUAUGAAUUUAGGCGUGUUCAACAGAGUUAAUCUGAAGCAUUCUGGAGGUGGAAUGUAUUCCGAGUGGGCCUCGUUAAGCACCCUAAUUCAACAAGGCUCCGAAGACAGUCAGAGUGUCCUCGAGAAAUUUGCUCCAGGAGUCGGAAGAGAAGUCGCCCUCUCAAUCGUGCGGCAGCUCGCCGCCAAUCUUGGCAUCGCCCAGGCUGCCGAGCCUAGUCCAUUAAACACAGAUCGAGAAAUACAAUGGUGUAUGGAAGUAAUCUGCUUUGGACUCUCUUUACCUUUAACAGAACACGACACAGUCAGAGAUUGCGUCAGUGUUUAUUGCGAAUGGCUAUCAGCUCUCUACACUUCCCCAAAAAUCACGGUACCGAGACCAAUCAUCGAGGACUCAAAUUUCUACGCCAGAAAAAUCAUCAGUCACUUCCACAAUUUGUUCGUACCAAGAAGAGGAGAAGUCUGGCCAUUUUUGUAUCAGGAUUUAGGAGCCGACACGAUAAAUAGGCAGGCAGUCCUUUGCCACCGAGUACUUCGAACUUUGCAGCAAGUGGCUCGAGGACCAGCGACUUUAGACAGAGAAACAUGGGAAAGUCUUCUUUUAUUCCUAAUCGGAAUAAACGAUGCACUUUUAGCGCCUCCAGCUGUGCGAGAGGAUGCUGGCGAACAACUUUGCGAAAGAGUUCUUGGAGUUUUAUUGGAGGUAUGGCUCGUGGCUUGUGAGCGCAACUUUCCAUCUCCUCCUUUAUGGAGAACAUUGCGAGAAUCUUGCCUUCGUUGGCGACACAGGCUCGCUCUGAUCGAGCAAUGGAAUCGGGUUUGUCUUGCUUUGACAGCGAGACUUUUACAGAUUAUGUAUGGGCCAAUGUUUCCUGAAUUAAAAAUAAAUGAAGAAGAUUCACAGCUAGUGCCACUGUCAAUGUCCCAUGAAGCAGUUUCACAAGCUUGGUACAGACUUUUACGAACUGUGGGGGAUCCAAUCGAUUUAUGUAGACCAGCAGUGAUCUCGCAAACCCAAGCAUUUUUGAGAUACGCGAUAGCCAGUCCAAAUGUCGUGGAUCCUUGUCAGCACCCUUGUCUCCAGGGUUUGCCGCAAAUAUUUUUAAAGGCUAUCAAAGGUAUCGCUGGACAGGUCGACUCCUUUCUAGGGGUCUCACAGGCAUGCUGCUGGGAGGAAUGCUGUGUGACGAACGUCACUUCUGGAACAGGAAUCUCUGGUUCCGGAGGUGUUGGAAAUGAGAAGGUAAGCACUAAGGACCAACCUCAGCCUUCUCCAACACCUCCGACGCAACGGAGGCUUGCAAAAAGUUUCAGCGUUACACCCUCGGCUGUCAACAAGGGAAUGCCAAAGGCUUCUCUCAUUGGAUUAACAACAAGUAGAAUUUCGAGCAGUCAGAUGGCGAUGUCCUCGAAUUCGGGACCUUCAUCAACGUCCUCUACGGCGUCUGUUACAUCUUUGGGUCAGGAUAUUAGACCUCCGUUGGCUCCAGGACGACCAAAGUGUAAUAGCAUCCUCCAUCUGUUUGGGGAAUGGCUUUUCGAAGCUGCUUUUAUUGGCACUGAUGGAUGGUCCCAAAAAUUACCACAACCAUCUGGUGCAUCAAAAAGGCCAUCAUCAAUGUUAGUCGACGGACCUUCUUCCUUGCAAGACACAGGCGGAGACAUUCCAGCAUCUCUCGGAAUAGAUCGCUAUGAAUCUGGAAGAGCAGAAGCGAUGGGCGCCCUUUGCAGAAUUUUCUGCGCCAAGAAAACCGGAGAAGAUAUUCUUCCAUCAUAUUCUGCAAGGUUUUACCAAGCCAUGUACCAUGGACUUCGAGUCAGUGAAUCCAAGGAAUGCGGAGAAACUCUGGCGAGUAUUUUACUAAACUCUGCUGACCUCUUUCGUCUGGACCUGGAUGGUAUUCAAGUCCUGGUGCCCGUAGUUUUAUCCGCAUUGGAAGUCGUCCUUCCAGAAAAAGAUCUGAGACUGAAGUCCAAUUCGGUGUCCAAGAUUGAGUUGAGAAGAGCUUCGAUACACCUGUUGAUAUCUAUGUUAGCGUUACCUCUACAUUUCCAGAAUCUUCCAAUUAGGGAGUUGCCAAGUGGAGUUGCUGUGAGUUAUGAGAAAAAUCAAAGUACUUUUGCUCAGUUGAAGCCGAGGCUCAUGAAUUUGCUGAUAAACGCCUUGCAAGUCGAAACAGAUCCGUUGAAUACUCACAUGCUUUUGGGUGGAUUAUUACUAAGCGUUCAAGAUUCUGCAGCUGCUGAAGAAGUAGAACAAGUAACUCAGCCAGACGCAGUUCCAAACGAAAACACAUCAAAUUUGCUCUCAUCCGUUACCAGCGAUUCAGCCAGUCAGAUAAGCAUUUCCAGCGACCUCCGUUCCUUCAGCGAUUCCUCAGAUAUUGCUACACUUCAAGAGGAAAGCAUCGCUUUUGAUUCCGCACACGCCUUAUUUGUGAGGGCGACUUAUUUAGUUUGCCACAGACUAAUUUCAUCCUGGAAAACGGAUCUGAACGUUUCCCUGGCGGCUUUAGAAAUGUUAUCAGGACUCGCGAGGACGCGAAUUCGCGAGACGGAUGCUUUAGAAUGCAAGAGAGCGGUAAAAUGGCUUUGCGAUUACAUAGCUUAUCAGUGUUGGCGGCCACCUCCCGCUCAUUCCAAGGAUCUUCAUUCCUCCAUCGUCGCAGCUUUUUCCUGUCUAACUACCUGGCUCACAGCCCAUCCACAACUUUUACAGGAUAAGGACUGCCUCGCAACAGUUUUGGAAGUUGUGGAACUAGGAAUUUCUGGAACCAAGAGUAUUGGAAAGCCUGGAGAACCGAUAAAGAUGAAAGAUGAGAAGGAAUUGAAACCUGCGUCAAUGAGAGUCAGAGAUGCUGCUGACGGUCUUUUAACGGUGAUACUGGAACAGGUGGGGUAUUUCCCUAGUGCAUGUGGCACCCAAUCUUUGUCUUCGCUUCUUGACGAGGUGUCUCUUCUAAAACACUGCAAUAGUUGGCCAGGAGGUCGAGUAGCUCGACAGACUGCAGUCGAGCGUUUUCGAUAUUUCGUGGCAGAAAACGCAACGAUAUUGGCUUUACUAGAGGAACCUUUGGGCAACGAUCAAGAUCCACAACCUACAGUUACUGUUUUAAUUCGAGGACCUUUUGGACGACACGCCUGGACGCUGCAGUUGCGCCAUUUACCGCGGCACAGAUCGAGUGUCCGAAGCAUAAAUACAAAUCCUGGAAGACCUUUACCGUUACUCGAACCGGCACCAAAAAUGGAUUACAAACCCAGAUUCUUCCCAGAUAACGUCGAUAGGAUUCCACAUUGUAGAGUAGAUGACUCGAUACCAAGUUUGGAUCUCGUUAUGAACGAGGACGACACUCUCAAGAACGAUCACCAAACUCUCUCACAAUUACUCGAUCGGCAAAUCGAACUUGAAUCGAAAUUCAGCGAAGACAAUGAAAAGAAUUUAGAUGAGAAAAUCGACGAAUGUGUGCCCCCACAAGUAUGCCAUGAAUUUCAGACUGCACGGCUCUUUUUAAGUCAUUUCGGAUUUUUGAACUUGGAACCUAAGGAAGUUAAUGAAGAAUCUACAACUGGUGGUUUAAUUGCACUAGAUUCGUCGCUGCCAGGUUUUUGUUUGGAUUUGGAAAAUCUCGAUCGUAUUAGUUCUAGAACUUGUGAUACUGUUCAUAUUUUUUAUGUGAAGGCAGGACAAAAAAAUCCAGAAGUGAUUUUAUCGAAUGUGCUACAUGAAAGCAACGUCUCUCGAAAUUUUAUGGAAUUCUUGAGCUCUCUUGGCUGGCCUGUAUCUGUAAAUUCUCACGCCGGAUGGACUGGUCACCUUUCCACUUCCUGGGAAGUGAUGACGGAAUUAAUCGUUCCUCAACCAACGCAAAACGAUCACGGCGGAUCUCUUUAUGAUGGUAACACUCAUGUGUUGUAUUGGGCGGAUGUGAGUUCAGAAAUUGCUUUUGUUGUGCCGACGCAACCUCUGGGUGUGAGUAACGAAUCGGUGGAUGAAACUAUUUACAGCGACACUGCUCAAGCUUGGUUCGAAAGAAGUGCGAGCGAAAGUACAGGGUCAAGAACUUUCUCAACUCCAUCAAAUACGAGUGCAAAUGCUCCAAGGACAAUGUCCCUAGAUCUUGGAAAACAGCCAUCAAGUUUAGGAUCAAAUUCUUCCAACGCUCCCAAUUCGGAUCCGGUGAAGCCUCGAAGAACCACAAAACAUGUUCUUCCGGCUCAAACUGAUACGAAAAUAAUGGUCGUUUGGUUGGAGAGUCUGGAAGACUGGGCUCAAUUUCCAAUCGCUGAGCUACUUCCCUGUACACACACAGGACUCAGUAGUUCUAGAAUCGUGACACCAUUGGACGUGCAAAUAAUUUUUUUACAAGCUCUCGACAGCGGGCUAAUGAGAGUCAGGUUACAAGGGCCAGUUUCAAGAAUUAAUUUAGCCACUCCUUUAAUCGAUGGGAUGGUCGUCCCCCGGAGAGCACUAGGCAGUCUAGUUAGACAAACAGCUUUAAAUAUGGGUCGGAGAAAAAGACUCGACAACGAUAGCUAUCAUCCUCCUCAUGUUAGAAGACGUUUAAAAAUCCAGGAUAUGGUUCUUAAGUAUAAAAGAAAUCUGCAACAGCCUGAACUGUUAACCCUUCUUUUUAAUAGUACACAGGUCUGAAGAUAAAACUUUAUUAAUCAGCAACUAUGACAAUUGUGCAAUUUCAAGUUAUCAUUAAUUUAUCGGUAAUUUAUUUUAAAAAAUGUUUUUCCUUCUGUUUUUUAUUUGUAAUCAAGGAGAAAGAAAUCUCUCAAUUUUAUUAAAAACUUUUAUUGUAGAAAGUAGUUUAUGUACCAAAAACUGUUUUAAUAUGAAUUUAAUGCAGUUUCGACAAGAUAUGAAAUAUCUUUCUUCUAAGGUUACUACGCUAUUAACACUUUACACAAUAAUUAUGUAAAUAUGGUAGAAAAAAUAGUGAUAUUAAAGAGCUCAAAAAUGAGUAAUUAGGAUUAAUAUUUAAUCACUAAGAGACUUUUGUUAACGGUAUUUAUAAUUUACAUUUUUGAAAUCUUAGUUUUCAAAAACGAAUUUAUUUAAUGCAAAAUCGCAAAGACAUUCUUUACUAUUACUAGUUUGUAUAAUUUAUAAGUUGGUUUUUUUCUCGAAGUAUUAAUUAUAUAUGAAUUUAUUAAACAUGACUGCAGAUUUACUGUGUAUAUAAUAAUAAUGAUAAAAUCUCAUGUAAUAUAGGCGUCUGGCGCAUAAUUUAGGAUUAGAUACAAUGUAAUUUAUAUUUUAA